GUCGAGAGAUCUCUGUCGAGUGUCGAGAAUCGAGAUGUCAACAGUCAACACGUCAAUCAACUUGAGCCGCAGCCGAUUGAGGUUAUGUUUUAUAUUUUGUUUCAAUCUGAGGUUUCAAUAAAUAACAAAUAUAAGGAUUUCAUGGGCUUUUCCGAAGGCUUUUCUGUUCAAAAUGCAAUAUGAGAUAAAGGUAUUUUUAUGAAUACUUCAUAAAUUUGUAUUGCCUCGGUGUUGCCGGUUGCCGCACUAUGUGUUUUGGACCAUUUUCUCGAAUAUGCCAUUGGGGCCCACUCACUGCUCUUGGUAUCAUCAAGUUAGUGACAGCUAUGACUAUUCAUUGUUCAAAUUUAUGGUGGCCCAAAGAUACAUUUGGAGGAAAAUUGAAUGUGAUGGUUUUCAUCAGUUUUUCAGGACUUACCCUGUACAAUUUCUUAUCAUCAAUGUAUCAGGGUCCUGGUUAUGUACCAUUUGAAUGGAAACCAAUGAAACUGGAACAUUGUGACUAUUUACAGUUCUGCAAAGUGUGUAAUGGUUUCAAGGCACCUAGGUCACAUCAUUGUCGUAAAUGUGGUAGAUGUGUUCUGAAAAUGGAUCAUCAUUGUCCCUGGAUCAAUAAUUGUGUAGGUUGGGGCAACCAUGCACAUUUCACUUAUUUUCUCCUUUUUGCUACACUUGGUUGUUCACAAUCAUCAGUUGUCCUAGGAUGUUCACUUUAUAGAGCUAUACACAGAGCACACCAUGUCUAUUAUAGUGCAGCAAAAGAACCAGUGGUUCAUCUGGGACUUUAUGGACUGAUCAUGUGUGUAAUUGCUCUUGGAUUUGCAAUUGGUGUUGUAGCAGCUGUAGGAAUGCUUCUCUAUUUUCAGAUGAGGUCUAUUCUGAAAAAUCGUACAGGUAUUGAAGACUGGAUUAUAGAAAAAGCAGCAUUCCGAAGAAGAGGUACAAAUGAAAAGUUUGUAUUUCCUUAUGACCUAGGAAUGAGGAAGAAUUUUUGCCAGGUUAUAAAUUUCAGUUGCCACCCCAUUGGUAAUGGAAAAUGUUGGCCAGUUGUUGAAGGAUGUGACCAAUUCAGUCUCACUUUGGAGCAGAUAGAACAGAAAAACGAGAAAAGACUGAAAACUAGAGUGUAUAGUAUCAUAAGACAGGCCUCUGGGGCGUGGUUCCCAAUAACUCAUGGUAUCCGGGUAUGUCUUAGUUAUCCAUUUACUGAUGAACCAAGAAUAAAACUGAAUAUUGGAGAUACUGUGAUGGUAACACGAUGGAGAAGGCACUGGUUGUUUGGUGAAAAAGUCCAGAAUGACCUAUCAGGUGAAGAUGCUUCACAAAGAAAACGAGGAUGGUUUCCGAGAAGAUGUGCUGUAGAAGUAAUUGAAAAUGAUGAGAACAUGUCAGUAUCUAAAUAUCAGAAUUGUUCAUCUGAGAAAAAAAUUAAGUGAAGUGAUGUUGGGAAUUACUCCACUUACCAGUUUUCAACUUUUCUUCAUCCAUUCUAGUCAUUGAAAGGUUUAGAAAAAAUGUUCAAAAAUAAUGAAUCUAUUUUAAAUAGUAAUCUUGGAUUUAAUAUAAUUUUUCUAUAUUUCAGAUAGGUAAUUUGAUUUCAAAAUAUUCAUAUUCAUACUUAUGCUCACCCCAGAUCGCAUUGAAAACAACAAUAUGUCAGUUAAAU